CGCUCCACUUCCUGAUCCGCACCGCAGAGUCUCCGCACACAAACAUUACCAAAUCGUUGUGUGUCUUAAUUAUCUCUCACAAUGAGAGGGACACGCAUUAUGUUGGAGCUUGAGCAUAAAUGAAACCCGUUUCUGAGGGCUUCUUGCUGAAACUCAAGUGUCCUGAGAAGCAUGAACCUGCACCAGGUGCUCACAGGAGCGGCGAACCCCGGAGACAACUGCUUCUCUGUGGGCAGCAUCAACAACCAGCCCUUCACGGCCUAUGCCUCUGGCUGUGACAUCGUCAUUCUGGGGAGUGACUUUGAAAGGAUCCAGAUCAUCCCAGGAGCUAAUCAUGGGAACAUCCAGGUGGGCUGCGUGGACUGUUCACUGCAGGGCGGACAGAUCGCGGCGUCGUACGGAAACAUUGUGUGUGUGUUUGAGCCGGUGGAGGUCAGUCCACAAGGAAAAGCACAAAAAAAGCUGAACUAUCACUGGCAGAAGAGCGGUCAGUUCGUCCUGCAGUCGGUCGCUCAUAUCCUGACGUGGCACCCCACAGGCUCCUGUCUCCUGACCGGCUCGGGCUGUCUGCAGCUCUGGUGUGACGGUCAGUCUGACCCCGCUCCUCAGAGCUCCUGGAGAUGUGUGUGGCAGUGCAAGUCCGCCGCUCCCACUCACUUCAUCAAGUUCUCCCUGGAUGGAGAGUUUUUCGCCACCGCAGGACAGGACGACUGUCUGGUGAAGGUCUGGUACAGCAGCAGUAAAUGGCAGGCGGACGUCACUAAACUCUUCACGCCCCUCGACCUGCGCUCCGGAGCCCAGAUCAGCUUCUCCUUCAUCUACCUGGCUCAUCCUCGCUCCGUCACCGGCUUCUCCUGGAGGAAGACCAGCAAGUACAUGCCCAGAGGCGGUGUGUGUAACGUGCUGCUGACCUGCUGCAAGGACAGUGUGUGUCGUCUGUGGGCCGAAACGCUUCUGCCCAGCGACUGUCUGCUGUCUGGACUCAGACACACUCACAGCAGCAAUGACGUGAUGAAGAAUAACGGCAUGAAGAAGAUCUCCAGCGACAGCCGAGCGCAGAGCCAGAGCCCGCUGGAGCUGAAGCUGAAGCCGUCGUGGAGAGAGGAGGUGCGCUGUUUAUCUCAGCUCUCCUACAGCGGUCCUCUUCCUCAGCAGCAGAACAAACACAACACGCAUCGCACAAACAUGUUACACGCCAACGCUCUGUGCCACUUCCACAUCGCCGCCAGCAUCAACCCAGCCACAGACAUCCCUCUGCUGCCCUCCAUCUCGUCCAUGAACGGCUCUGAUGAGGAGGAACCGGGCGGCCCGUUCACCGUUCACUGGCUCGAUAACAAAGAGCUGCACCUGACUCUGAGCAUGGAGGUGUUUCUCCAGCAGCUGAGGAGCGGCUCCGAGCAGAACGGACCCACGGAGCGCUACGAUGCUGAUGAGGAGGGCAGCGGUCCUGAUGCUGCGUCUCUUCCGGCGCCGGCCGUGGAUCAUCAGGUGGACGUGCUGCUGGGAGACUGGAACAGAGCCGCAGACAUGCUGUUCAGCAUCCACCCGAUGGACGGGUCUCUGCUGGUGUGGCACGUCGACUGGCUGGACGAGUACCAGCCCGGCAUGUUCCGGCAGGCGCAGGUGUCGUUCGUGUCCAGGAUUCCCGUGGCCUUCCCCACCGGCGACGCUAACUCUCUCAGCCGCAGCGUGGUCAUGUACGCCUGCAACAGAAACGUGGACCUGGCCAUCCAGCACGUCCGUCAGCGUCCAGCGGGCCUGCAGCACUCGUCCUCGUCCGCCCUGAUCGGACAGAGCCAGAGCAAGCCCUCGUCCAGCAGCCUGCGGCUCAGCAUCUUCACCCCCAGCGUCCUGAUGGUCUCCAAACACGCCGACGGCUCGCUCAACCAGUGGGCGGUCAGCUUCGCCGAGGACUCGGCCUUCUCCACGGUGCUCAGCGUCUCUCACAAGUCCCGGUACUGCGGCCACCGCUUCCACCUGAACGAGCUGGCCUGCCACUCUCUGCUGCCGCUGCUGCUGACCACGUCUCACCACAACGCCCUGCGGACGCCCGCCGCCGCCCUGACCGGCCCGGGCCGCGGGAGCCGAGUGCGGCAGGACCCCAGCGCCGUCUACAGCGAGCUGAUCCUGUGGCGGGUGGAUCCGGUGGGACCGCUGUCCUUCUCGGGCGGAGUGUCGGAGCUGGCCAGGAUCAACUCCCUGCACGCCUCCGCCUUCUCGAACGUAGCCUGGCUGCCCGCGCUCAUCCCCAGCAACUGCCUCGGUGUGUACGGAAACUCGCCCAGCGCCUGCUUCAUCGCCAGCGACGGACACUCGCUGAGGCUCUAUCAGGCCAUCAUCGAGGCCAAGAAGCUGCUGAGUGAACUCUCCAACCCCGACAUCUCCAAACACGUUGGAGAGGUGUUUAACAUCAUCAGCCAGCAGUCGACGGCCAGACCGGGCUGCAUCAUUGAGCUUGACGCCAUCACUGACUUCCAGGGGAAGGAGACUCAGCUUCUGCACGUGUUCGAGGAGGACCUGAUCUUGGGGAGCGAGAAGGCAGACAGCUGCCUGCAGGACUCUGUUCCCAGCCGGACGCUGUUCUCCGCUCGCUUCUUCCUGGUGGUGCUGGAGCUCACUCAGAGUGGAAGGUCGCUCCUGCACAUGUGGCAUCUACAGCUGGACGCCGUUCCCGUCAUUAUGGAGCAAACUCAAACUCCAGACAGAGAGGCCGUGUCUCCAUCUCCUGCAAACGGCUCACAGUUUAACUUUGAGACGGCCGGCUCUCCACAAACCCCGAGACCCAACCUGAAGACGUCGAACCUCCAGAGCGCCUGCCGCCUCGCCCUCACCAACACCAAAGUGUUCAGCCAGGAGCUGGGUCUGCCGCCGGGCGUUGAAGUCCUGCGAGUAUCUCCUGCUGCAGGUCAUCUGAGCGCCUCGUCUCUGCAGCCGGCCGGACGCUCUCCGUAUCUGCUGGCCACGUCGUGCUCUGACGGAUCCGUCCGGUUCUGGCGGUGCAGCGCCGCCUCUGACCCUGACGUCUCCGCUGACCCGUCGUACGUCUGGGAGGAGUGGCCUCUGCUGGUGGAGGAGGGCCUGGCCAGCAGCAGCGCUCUGAGCUUGUCCGGUCAGCUCAUGGGUCUCAGCUGCUGUCACACCAGCAGAGUGGCCGUCGCUCACCGGAGCCCUGAGCCCGUCAUGAACAUCAGCGUCUUCCAGUGCGACUCCACCGGAGGCUCUCAGUGGCUUCUGGAGCAGACUCUGAAGGUCUGCCACGCGGGUGAUAAAAGCCUGAGUAACGGCAGCUCUGUGAAGAGACAGGUCCACUUAGACUGGGUCUCCAGAGAAGACGGCUCUCACAUACUAACUGUAGGUCUAGGAUCCAAACUUUACAUGUACGGCAUGCUUUCUGGAAAGCCUCCAGAUCUGGGUCUCUCCGAUUGCAAUAAGGAGCAGAACGGCUCUAGAUUGGUGCUCCUGCGAGCGGUGGACCUGGUGUCCUCGGUCGAAGGUUCUCCACCUGUUCCCGUCUCUCUAUCCUGGGUGCGAGACGGCAUCUUAGUAGUCGGGAUGGAUUGCGAAAUGCACGUCUACUCUCAAUGGCAGCCUCCGGCUCCGGUCAAACCGUCGCUUCAUGAUAGCGUGACGUCGCUUAAGCAGGAGGGACUCAGUCCGAAUCCUUCUAAAAAGACCCUCACCAGAUCCAUGACCAGCUUGGCUCAGAAACUCAGCGGAAAGAGAACGGCGUACGACCUCCCGGCCGAGAUGGAGGAUUCUGGGUUGUUUGAGGCAGCCUAUCAGCUGUUUCCUACGCUCCCCCAGUAUCACCCGGUGCAGCUGCUGGAGCUCAUGGACCUCGGGAAGGUUCAACGGGCUAAAGCCAUCCUGUCCCAUCUGGUGAAGUGCAUUGCCGGGGAGAUCGUGUCGAUGAAGGACGCUACGAUUAACCAGGAGCGCCGUCUGCGCUCGCUCACCAUCAGUGCCAGCGGGAGCACCGCCCGCGAUCCCAAGAUGUUCAGCAAAGCCGAGAGCGCCGACUACACCGAGAUCGACUCCAUCCCGCCGCUGCCGUUGUACGCGCUGCUGGCCGCCGACGAGGAGACGGCGCUGAGUGCCAAAGAGCGGUCGGAGAGCGUGAGCGCCGAGGGCCAGAGCGACGCGUACGAGCAGCUCUUCCAGAGCGCCGGGGUCGGCGCCGAUGACAUGGACCCUUUCGAUGGAGACGAGGAGGAGGCGUGCGCUAAAGUCAUCGAUCUGUCGAAAUACAGCCCUACGUUUUUCGGCUCGGAGCACGCACAGGUGCUGUCGGGACACCUGCUUCACUCCAGCCUGCCGGGCCUGACGCGGAUGGAGCAGAUGUCUCUGAUGGCGUUGGCAGACACCAUCGCUUCCACCAGAACCGACGUCGGAGAAAACCAAGGGAAAGGACAAGGCGGAGAGACUCUGGAUGAAUGUGGGCUGAAGUUCCUGCUGGCCGUUCGUCUUCACACCUUCCUCCUGACGUCUCUGCCUCCGGCUCAUCGCGCUCAGCUCCUCUGCCAAGGACUGUCCACCUGCCACUACGCCUGGGCCUUCCACUCCGAGGCUGAAGAGGAGCUGCUCAACAUGCUCCCGGCGCUGCAGAAAGGAGAUCCCUCGUGGCCCGAGCUGAGAGCCAUGGGCGUGGGCUGGUGGCUCCGGAGCACCAACAAGCUUCGCAGAUGCAUUGAGAAGGUAGCAAAAGCUGCUUAUCAGAGAAACAACGACCCGUUAGACGCAGCCUUGUUUUAUCUGGCCAUGAAGAAGAAAGCUGUGGUUUGGGGACUGUACAGGUCUCAGCAUAACGCCAAGAUGACGGCGUUCUUCAGCAAUAACUUCAGCGAAGACCGCUGGCGGAAGGCGGCGCUGAAGAACGCUUUCUCUCUGCUCGGGAAGCAACGUUUCCAACAUUCUGCGGCCUUCUUUCUGCUGGCUGGAUCCCUCAAAGAUGCUGUUGAGGUGUGUAUAGAGAAGAUGCAGGACCUUCAGCUGGCUCUGGUGGUCUGUCGGCUCUACGAGUCUGAGUUCGAGAUGUCCUGCAGCUAUAAGAGAAUCCUCCAGAGGCAGGUGUUGGGUCAGGACCGGCAGAUCGCGGCCCAUCAGGACCCUUUCUUACGCAGCAUGGCGUACUGGGUCUUAGAUGACUACAGCAGGGCUCUGGACACGCUGCUCGAGCCCAACACAGACUCGUCUCAUGAAGGAGCCGGAUCAUCUCCCUGCAGUCCUGAUGUUUUUAACUUCUACACCUACCUCCGCACACACCCGCUGCUACUGCGCCGUCACUUCGGCUCUUCAGAGAAAGCCAAAGUGGGUCUGACCGCUGAAGGCCGCGCCGUCGACUCCGUCAGCCUCACCGAGAGGAGGCUCUUCUUCACCGCCGCUUACGCACACUUACAGGCCGGCUGCCCCAUGCUGGCUUUAGAGGUGCUCUCCAAAAUGCCCCGGGCGGUGAAGCGCUCGAAGCCCAGCGAGAGUUCGCCGGCGUCUCUGAGCGAGCGGGAAGGCCAGGCCUCGGCUCUGGACUGGUCUCAGCCGGCUCUCAACGGCCUGGAGUCGGUGUCCUCGCUCUCUUCUCCCCGAGAGGACAGUCAGUCGGACUCGGUGCUCAGUUUCGACUGGAGCCAGCCCUCCGUCACGCUGCCGGACGAGCCUCUGGAGCUCAAGUGGGACAGCGAUAAAGACGACUCGGAUGAGGAAGAGUCGGGACUGGCGAUGAAGACCAUCCGCACGGAGAAAGACAAGGUCUCUCCGGAAGCCGCCUCCACCCCCAGGGAUUACGCCCUAGAUUUCUGCUCUGAAGACUCGGCCGGGCUGAGCGAGGACAUGCUGGCGGCGCAGCUGAAGUUCAGCUCCUGUCUGAAGAUCCUGACCACGGAGCUGCGGACGCUGUCCACGGGGUACGAGCUGGACGGAGGGAAGCUCAGGCAUCAGCUGUGUCACUGGCUGGAGCGAGCCGUGGCGGCGCUGCAGAGCUGCUGCGGAUACAACCCCUUCCUCCAGCUGCUGCCCGAGGGCAUCUCUGCCGACCUGAGCCAGCCGGACGAUCCCGAGGAGCGGGGCUCCGCUCAGCAGACCCGAGAGCUCCAGCAGCGGCGCAGGCUUUGGCUGAAGAGGAACCAGCCGCUGCUGCGCAUCUUCCUGAGCUACUGCAGCCUGCACGGCUCUCACGGAGGAGGACUGGCCUCGGUCCGCAUGGAGCUCAUUCUGCUGCUGCAGGAGUCCCAGCAGGACGGCGGUCUGCAGAUCUCCGCUCCUGCUCCUCAGCACCUCUCUGUUCCUCUCUUCCUGGCUUGGACCGCCAGCUCCAAAACGGUGGUGGCCAAUCCCAUAGUGCACCUGACCAACCUCACGCAUGACAUACUGCACACCAUCAUCGCUCUGGACGCCCCGCCGCACCCGGAUAUCACGAACAACGAGAUCUACGUGAUGCACACGCUAGCAGCUUCCCUCUCCGCCUGCAUCUAUCAGAGUCUCUGUGACGGACACAGUUACAGCCAUGUGAAUCCGUUCACGGGCAUCACGUACCAGAGCGUGCUUCUUACCCAUCAGCCCCCGGUGAGGAGCGUCAGCAUGGAGGAGGCCGUUCUGCCCAACACCUCUCCGGCGCAGUGGCCUGGUGUAAGCGCCCUGAUGCGGCUGCUGAGCGCGUCUGGAGACGAGAACCAGCCCGGUCUGCCCGUGCUUCUGUGUGAGGUCCUGACCGCCGUCUUCCUCAGCCUGUUCGUCCACGGCCUGGCCACUCACUCCAGCCACGAGCUCUUCCGGAUCGUCGCUCACCCGCUCAACAGCAAGCUGUGGGUGGCCGUGUUCGGCGGCGGCGCUCGUGCUCCGGUGCAGGAGAAGCCCGGCUCACCCACAGUGGAAGAUGCGGAGCGGAAGCAGAGGCGUUUCCGGCUGCGUUCCUCUCGCAGUAACUCCAGAGAGGUUCCUGACAGUCCGGUCAGCCCCAGAGCUGUGGUGAUGGAGCCGGACACACUCGUCUGUAGAGAGCGCUUCGUUCCGCCUGAGCUCAGCAUCUGGGAUUAUUUCAUCGCAAAGCCGUACCUGCCUUCGUCCGCCAGCCGAGUGGAGUAUGACUCUGAGGAGAGCCAGGGCAGUGAGGAAGAGGAAGAGGAGGAGGAGGAAGAGGAUGGGGAUUCCUUUGAUCCCAACUCUCCGCUGGCAGAGCAUUCCAACAAUAACUCAUACAGCUGGUAUCUGAUGCGCUUGGCCAUGGUUCAGACGGUACUGUUCAACCUCAAGACCCUCUACCCGAUGGCAGGUCAUGACCUCUUAGAUCUGCCCGUGUGCUCCCCUCUGUGUCACGCGGCUCUGAAGACGCUCCAGCGCUGGGAGCAGCUGCUGCUGAAGAGGCUGGAGAUCUUCGGAGGUCCUCCGUCCAGGUUCAUCAGCACACAGCUGCUGGAGGAGAGUGUGUCGUCGGGUCCGGCGCUGCUGAGGCACAAAGCCCUGUUCGAGCCCUCAAACACACCCUUUAGGUCCCGGCGGCGCUCCGCUCUGCCCGUCAGGCGGCUCUGGCAGUAUCUGGUCAAACAGGAAGAGGUUCAGGAAACCUUCAUAAGAAACAUCUUCAUCAAGAAACGAGAUCAGAACGAGGAGACUGUGCCGCCGGACUCCACACACAACCAGGUCGAGGCUGAUCUGGGAUUUCCCGGAGGAAAAGCUCGCAUCAUCCACAAGGAGUCGGACAUCAUCACGGCGUUCGCCAUCAAUAAGGCCAACCGUAACUGUCUCGUGGUCGCCUCCACCCACGACAUCCAGGAGCUGGACGUGUCCUCCAUCCUCGCCACGCAGAUCCUGACCUGGGUCGACGACGAGAACGAGGCCGAGGUCAAAGGGACGGAUGACUUCCUGGUGGUUCACGCUCGAGACGACUUCAGCGCGCUUCACGGGAGCACACCCUACACACACAGCAGCCCCGGGACGCCCAUCAACAUGCCCUGGCUGGGCGGCCUGCAGACGGGACGAGGAGCAGCCGUGCUCAUCAAACGUAACAUCAACAACGUGAGGAGGAUGACGUCACACCCCACACUGCCCUACUAUCUGACCGGAGCUCAGGAUGGUAGCGUGCGCAUGUUUGAAUGGGGUCAUUCACAGCAGAUCACCUGCUUCAGGAGCCCCGGGAACUCCAGGGUCACCAGGAUACGCUUCAAUUACCAGGGCAAUAAGUUUGGGAUCGUGGAUGCAGACGGAGCGCUCAGUCUCUGGCAGACCAGCACCUCAGGAAACACUCCCAAACCCUAUCUGACGCUUCAGUGUCACAAUAAGACAGCGAACGACUUUGUGUUUGUGGGCUCUUCAUCUCUCAUCGCCACCGCAGGCCUGUCCACAGACAACAGGAAUGUGUGUCUGUGGGACACUCUGGUCACACCAGCAUACAGUCUGGUCCACGGUUUCGUGUGUCAUGAGUCUGGCUCUACGGUCCUGGCUCUGGCCUCUAAGCAGCAGCUUCUUCUCAGCGGAGGCCGGCGGGGCUGGAUCGGGGUUCUGGACCUCAGUCUGAAGAUCCAGAGGCAGAGCUUCCAGGCCCACGACUCUCCGGUCAAAGCUCUGGCCGUCGACUCGACCGAGAGCUGCUUCAUCAGCGGCUCGGCCGAGGGAAACAUCAAGGUGUGGAGCAUGUCGACUCAGAGCCUCCUGCACACCUUCAGUAAUGAACACGCUCGUCAGUCGCUCUUCCGUAACCUGGGCACAGGUGUGAUGCAGAUCGAGACGGGUCCGGCCAAUCACGUCUUCUCCUGCGGCGCAGACGGCACCAUGAAGCUGCGGCUGCUCCCCGACGCUCUGAGCCUGUUCUGCAGCGCAGCUAGGAGCGACGUCCGGUUCAUCAUGUAGCACACGCGUGACUGUUUGCACACGGUAAGACAAGCAAUACGAGAGAGACGCUCGAGGACACACAGGGAUCCCGGGACGGAAGCACACUCUACUUUCUGCAGCAUACUAAUCUGAAUAUAUCUCUAUAUAUAUAUCAGUAAAGCCUUAACUAGCCAAACUGUUGCUAAGCGGUGUUGUGAUCGUGCUCUAGGCUCAAUAUAGUGAUAAGUGUCCUUAUAUUUCUACCCAUCAUGUCUCCGUCAUCAGAACGCUGGAUUCUGUUACGUCUGUCAAACCAUGUGCGGUAGUUCCUGUCGUCCUUCUAGUCGUUCUGUGGGAGGUGUUGUAUAUUACUACAGGAAGCAGUAUUUAGAAGGCUGAGAUGACGAACUCGGUCGUGAAGCUUUAAAGCGACAGUUCACCCAAAAAUAAAGAGGUCGUCGUUUACUCUGCCUCGUGUCGGUCCGAACCUGUACGAGUGUCUUUCUUCUGGAUGUUUUGAAGACCAAACUGUUGACGGCACCCAUUCACAUCCAUAGUAUAUUUUUCUGUACUAUAGAAGUCAACGACUGAGGAAGAGUCACAGGGUUUCUCAUCUGAUAAACAAUGAAGGUGAUGUUUUUUAAAAAAAACUGUUGCUGCUUUUUUCUGUUGUAUAGAAGUCAAUGGGUGCCGUCAUUCUUAGCUCUUCUAAACAUCUUUAAUGUUCAGCAGAAGAAAGACACUUGUUGAGGCUGAGGAAGACUCAAUGCUCACAGGAAUUUUCAUCUGCUGAACACUAAAGAUGUUAUAAAGACCAAAUGUUUAACGGCACCCAUUCACAUCCAUAGUAUAUUUUUCUGUACUAUAGAAGUCAAUGACUGAGGAAGAGUCACAGGGUUUCUCAUCUGAUAAACAAUGAAGGUGAUGUUUUUUAAAAAAAACUGUUGCUGCUUUUUUCUGUUGUAUAGAAGUCAAUGGGUGCCGUCGACUCUUAGCUCUUCAAAACUUAGUGUUCAGCAGAAGAAAGACGUUGAGGCUGAGGAAGACCCAAUACUCACAGGAAUUUUCAUCUGCUGAACGCUAAAGAUGUUAUAAAGACCAAAUGUUUAACGGUACCCAUUCGAUUGCAUAGUAUAUUUUCCGGUACUAUAGAAGUCAACGACUGCAAUAGACUCAGUGCACACAGGAAUUUUCAUCUGCUGAACACUAAAGAUGAUUUUCUAAAGACCAAAUGUUUAACGGUACCCAUUCACUUCCAUUGCAUUUUUCCUGUAGUAUAGAAGUCAAUGGGUGCCGUCAACUGUUCGCUGUUCUAAACAUCAUCUGUAGUGUUCAUCAGAAGACGGAGGAGGAGUAAACGAUGGCAGGAUGGGAUUUCCUCUCACACUGGUGUUAAUCACAUGAAGAUCAGCGGCGUGAAGCCAAAGCCGAGUUCAGAGCCCAGAACUGGAAUGAAGACCACACUUUUAUUUUCUGUGUAAAUACGGAGGCUUGAUGAAAUGAUUCUGUGUCAAAUAUAAAGCUUAUUUAUAAUCAUGGAGACUCCUGCAGACGUUUGUUUUUAGGAACGUUGUUCAGGGUUUAUUUUUUACGCUUUUCUUUUACCUGCCGCCGGCACAAACGCUGCAUUUCUUCGUUGGUUCUUUGGAGAGGUUUUUAUCUGAUGAAGGUCACGGUGUUCUUCUUCACCGCAGAGAAUGAAGCUCUUCCUCUGGACUUCUGCCUCGUUUCCAGCUCACCAACAUCCUUAAAUCAAGAAUCAUUUCCUGGAGAUAUUACAAAUAACUAGAACAGAUAUCUGUCAGGCGGCUCAGAAUUGUUCUUCCUCUUGAGUUAAGAUGGAUUUUUUCCCCCUUAUUUUAAGCACAAUCCUGUAAAAACGUAAUAAAAUAAUAAUUGAAUUCAAUAAUUAAAAUGAUCGGUCUUUUUUAAUAUCUGUGGUCAUUUUGAGUCUCCAGUAAAUGUCUUGCUUUCAGAACGUUUGUAUAUUUGCUACGAAACGCCAGACAGAAAUACAGAGCGAUGUUUUUUUUCGUUUUUCUUCCCCCGGAUUAUUUCUGAUAUGAUGAUGUAAGGAACGGGCUGUAGUGAUGAUGCUUUCUGCCCUUUAACCUCUCAAAUGUGAAUAUAUACGCAAAUGAAUCUAAUUUUAUAAUGAAUAUAAAGAGAUCUGUAAUAUACAUGACUGUAUGUAAUGAGAAAAUAAAUGACUUCAUGCAACAUC